AUGGAGGAAGUGCGAGUUCACGGCUUUCACUGGCCGCUGCAUCCACUACAGGUGGUGAGCUGGAUCGUCUUUGGUACGGAUGUGCUGGUGUACCUGAUCUUUUGCAUUCCGAUGAUCAAGACGAUGGAAGCCCAGAUCGGGGUGACCUCGUGCUUCGCGAUCAGCGUCAUCUCUCUGGUGGUCUCCACCUUUCUCGCGACGAAGUGCGACCCGAUGGAUCCCUUCGUGCUGAGAGACGAGUCUCUCUUUAAUGAGGAGGAGUUAGAAGAGCUCCCCUACUGCGGUCUGUGCGCGACCACGGUCCAGGCUCGAAGUAAACACUGUCGCGUCUGUAAGAAGUGCGUUCAUGCCUUUGAUCACCACUGCAUGUGGCUCAACAAUUGUAUUGGUGGCGACAACUACCGGCCCUUCUUUGUGUCGAUUAGCUCGGUCGCAGUGAUGAUAGGCAUUGUGUUGGGCACAAUUCUGUAUCAAAUCAUCGACUUUGCGACGAACGAGGCGGAGUUUGAUCUCCGAAUGGAGGCGUCGGCCAUCCACGCUGACAUGUCCAGGGAGGCUUUCUUGGUGAUCCUCAUCGCGCUCUCGGUGGUGAACGUGCCAUUGUGGGUCUUGGACAUGCAGCUGGUGCUUCUGCACACCUAUUUAGUGCAUCAGAAUCUCACCACUUAUGAGUAUAUCACCAACAAGCGUGAGGACUCUGGCCCAGGUCGGCGCUUCAAGGGCUUGCCGAAUUGGAUGGACUGGAUCGUCUUCUCGCGUUGUGGCCAGCGGCGCAAGAAGAAGAAGCCUCCGGAGACUGCUGAGGCCAAAGCGGUCGAGGCGGAAGGAGCUGCCGAGAGGACGGGCUCAGCAGAGAUGGCCUCCACCCUACUAGUGAUGGCCUCCACCCUACUCACCGUACCAGGCCUCCAUUUGCGAAAGGAUCUAUGAAAGACUCAGACGUACUUGACAUGGCACAUUGAAGGUCUUUGCAGGUUCGCUGAUUAUUGGAGAGCUUACUCUAGAGACAAAACAACAUCGUUUUGAGCUUAUACCCUACCACUUGAGGAAGACAUCUCUCAGAAGGCUUGCUGUGUUGAA